GAGAGAGAGAGAGAGAGAGAGAGAGAGAGAGAGAGAGAGAGAGAGAGAGAGAGAGAGAGAGAGAGAGAGAGAGAGAGAGGAGGAGGAGCAGCAGUGUGUGUGGGUAAGCCUUGCCUCUGUGUGAAGAGGAGAGGAUAUGGAGGGGAGGGGGAGCAGGUUCGUGUUCAAGGAGAGUUGGACAUCACAGUCCGCUGUGUACCAGACGGAUUGGGCCCAUCAUGGCAGCCGGAGGAGGGAGAACCCAAUUCAAAUCCAAUCAGGAGGCGAACAGAGCUCCAUCAUACACUCUCUGAGCCACAGGGCAAUGCCACUAAGAGAGCAGCAGCUGGUGGUGUUGACUAUGAUGCUGUUAGUGAUGUGCUUCUCGUUCAUAUGGCCAUGGUUCCUCCAACCUUUUAGAGGGGAGGAUUCUACUGAUUUUCCCAAUACGGACUCUCUGCGGGGACCUUCUGGCGGAACGUUGUGGACUGACGACGAUGACGAGCCAACAGCAGUAGCAGCAGCAGUGACGUCUGUAGCAGCAGCAAGAGGAGGAGGAGGAGGAGGAGGAGGAGUUGGGGGAGGAGGAGGAUGGAAUGACACGAAGGGCCUGCAGGACACAGUUUCGAAAAGGAGGCUGCUUGAGAAUCUCGUGGGUUACGGCCAGGUGGCGAACUAUGUGAGCAGGAAGGAAGACAGAUGGGGAAAGCAGUAUGACUUGAAAGGUGGAGAAGGUGGUGGAGGAGGAGUUGGCUCCAGUGGCCCUUCCAUCGCUAUCCGGUACCUGGACCUCUCUAGGGAGGAAGAGGCCCUUGCUGAGGACGGCAAUCGAGUCAAACACUGGUGGGACGUAUCUGGUCAGUAUGCUACCUUGAGGUAUGCCAAGUGUCUGGCCUGCAGCGACGCAAAGCUCUUCUUUGACUCCAUGAUGGUGUGGCAUAUAUGCGGCAGGUGGGGUUGGAGCGACAACGACCCAAGCUUUGGAUUUUGCAACGGCUGGAGGCCAAGGAGAGAGGACUGCGACAAGAAGCGGAAGAGAUGGAUGUUGCAGGAGAAGCAAAGGAGGCGCCAGCUGCAGCAGGAGGAGCAGAGGAGGGAGAGGAGGGAGGAUCACCCUCUCUCCUCCCUUCAUCAGGAAAGAAAUCGCUCCAACCUGCCGGCCAACGACAAGAACAAGGACAGCAGUGCUGGGGUGGAGCAAUUGAACGACCUGAGGGCUACGAUGAACCUUCACUCGCUCAUCUUGAGAGGGAAAGGACCGCAUGAUCCGUACCUGGUCACCUUCUCGGGUGGGGCUGAAAUCACAGAGGCAGGACAGAUUUACAACGACGAAGUUAUGUACGAUUUCCGGGGCCACUGUGGCCUUCCGCUCGAUUCCUUGCGACCAGCCAACAGCAACGUAACUUCCGUCGGACUGGAACUGACGACCGAGCCCGAAGGCCCACGUCACAAGAAGGUCUUCGUCAUCGACUGCAUGCUGACGGGUAAUGUCGAUCGCGACGUGGUUGAGGCCGGGAUCGCGUUGAUGCCAUACUACGAGGAGCUUUCGAUGGACUCAAGCAGCGUGGUCCACGUGUCGUCGUUCGGACGCAACGGCGGAGAGCUCGGCUCCCGCGGGGGAAAUGGUUCAUCAUGGGCGGAAGAGGCGGACAAAGGCGGGCGAGGGGGAGGGGGAGGGGGAGGGGGAGGGGGAGGGGGAGAGAGCCUGCGAGAGCUGUCGCGACUGCUGGGAAUCGAGCCCGCGCGCUUCGUCGCAGGACAUAUUCGAGCGGAGAAGGUGGUGGCUGCGGAGGCCGUGUGCUGGUACAAUCACUGGCUAUACGCCGUCUAUGGCCGGCGACUUGCGGACGUGCUGCGCAAGCGCGCACGGCACCUGCUUACACCGAUAGACAACGACAGGAGCAGCCACGCAGUGGAGGACAUGCUCGUCACAGUCCAGAGGAGGAGGAGGAGAAGGAGGGAUGGGAGGAGGCAGAGUGGGGAGCCGACCUCGGCAGCCAUAGCGACAGGCGGUCGAAGGACACUGCUCAGAACUAUGGGGGAGGAGGGGGAGGAGGGGGAGGAGGAGGAGGAGGAGGAGGAGGGGGUCGGGAAGCAAUUAGGCGAAGCGCGAAGCGUCCAUCGUCGACUGCAAGGGGUACAUGACGAACCCGAAGGUGCAACAACAACGAAGUUCAAUGUCAGUUCGACACGUGGCCGGGCUGGUAGUAGACAGCUCGCUCAAGAGGGCUUGACGGCGAGGGUCGCCGCCGCAGCGGCAGCAACUGCAGCAGCAGAGGCGGAGCAGCGGCGACACAAGAGGUCUCUUGCAGCAGGGGGAAAAGGCCAUAGCUUGGCGGCUAUGGAAGCUGGAAAAGAGGACGGCACAGAAGAAGAAGAAGCCGAAGAGGAGGAGGAGGAAGAAGAAGAAGAAGAAGAAGAAGAAGAAGAAGCCUCUUCCCUCCCUCCUGUUCCUCUUGGGAAAGGGGUGAUUCUCGUAGUCCAGCGCGUUGGAGAUCGCAGGAUCGAGAACUACCAAGAACUUGUCGAGGGCUUACGGCAGGCAGUCGCCCAGGAAACACCCUGUUCCUCCUCCUCCUCCUCCUUCUCCUCCUCCUACUCAUCCUCUUCCUCUUUCUCUUCUUCGAGGACACAGAGCAGAGGUACUAGUUCUAGUACCUCCAGAAGUCUCAGCAGCAGGAGGCGAAGGAUCGUUGAAGUUCAGUCGGACACCACACGGGGUGGUGGUCCCCUCGAGCUGACGUGGCCGUUUAGCAGCGCUGACAUAGUUAUUGCACCGCAUGGCGCUGAGCUCACGAACAUGUUGAUGGCCAGAAGAGGAACAGUUGUGUACGAGAUCGCGACCCCGCCGGCGCUAAAUUGGGAUCCCUCUGUGUUCAACAUAUACUAUAAGAGGAUGGCUAUCUGGUUGGGGAUGGACUACUACUUCGAUCUGCCUUUGCGAAUGGAGGAGGGCGGACCUGAGUACCGCGCCCAGACAACCAGCUGGCAUUUCACUAGCUCGUAUAUGGUUGUAGACGUCCGCCGGGUGGUAGAUAAUGUCCGGCGGAUCCUGUGUCACAAAGGGUGGUGGUGAUUAGAACUUCCAUUUGAAAUUAGACCAGGCAGCCACGACAAAAGGGGCUUGCUGAAGGCCCCAGAAAUC